UUUUCUCCAUAUUGAUGACUAGAGCUUGUAAACGCAAUCGGAUUAUCGAGGGCUUCUGGUCCGCAGUUGCGUCUCAAGUCUCACUGCAGAAGGAUGGAGCGAUGGAACGGAAAAGUGGCCGUAGUAACUGGUGCCAGUGCCGGAAUUGGUGCAGCAAUCGCACGAAAUCUUGUUAAACAAGGUAUGAUAGUGGCAGGCUUCGCGAGGAGAGUGGAAAAAAUUAAGGAAAUCGCUGAUUGUUUGAAAGAUUCCUCGGACAAACUUCAUGCCGUGGAAUGCGAUGUCACUAAAGAGGAAAGCGUAACCGUAGCUUUCGCAUGGAUAAAGAAUAAUCUUGGACCGAUAAGCGUUCUCGUUAACAGCGCUGGUAUCAUCAAAGAAUCUUCGCUCAUAGAUGGUACUUUAGAGGACUGGCGAUCCGUGUUCGACGUGAAUGUUCUGGGACUCUGUCUCUGCACACGCGAGGCUGUACGCAUGAUGCGCGAAACGGCGGAUGAAGAUGCCAUUGUGAUUCACGUGAAUAGUUUGGCUGCCGAGAGGGUACCUUCCGUUCCAGGAUUUAGCGUAUAUCCGGCAUCAAAGCGUGCUAUCACCGGCCUGGCCAUGACUUUGCGACACGAGCUUGCGGGCACGCGCAUACGUGUCACAAACAUUAGUCCUGGUUUGGUUGCGACGGAAUUCAUGGCUUCUUAUAGCGUGUUCUCCCCGGAAACAAUGGCAGCAAUGCCGGUUUUGAAUCCCGACGACGUCGCAGCGGCGGUAAUUUAUGUGUUGUCUAAUCCUCCUCACGUGUUGAUACAGGAUGUCGUAUUGAGACCUCUGGGCGAAUCGUGGUAAUCGAUUUUCAAAGCGAUCAAAUACGAAAUGUUGAAUGUAAUUAGAAUAAUUGUGCUUUUCAACUUUCAAACUUUUUAUCAAGCUAAAAAAGUGACAUUACUUAUGCUUCUUCUUUUUAUAUUUCUUUUCUUGUUUAUACAUAUUUUAGCAUGGCAGAUUGAUUGAAAA